CUCAGCAAUCUCAACCCUGCGGAGAAGAUUCCUUUCCACUUGACUGUGAGGACAUAUACGAUCAAGGUUCAGAGACAGAUGGCGUGUACCUUAUCUAUCCAGCAGGACCCAGUGUCCCUGUCCCCGUGUACUGUGACAUGACCACUGAUGAUGGAAAGUGGACGGUUUUCCAGAAACGCUUCAAUGGGUCAAUCAGUUUCUUUCGGGGAUGGAAUGACUACAAGUUUGGCUUUGGCAAAGCAGAUGGCGAAUAUUGGCUGGGACUGCAAAAUAUCCACCUUCUCACCCUGAAGCAGAAGUAUGAGCUACGUGUGGAAAUGGAUGACUUUGAUAAUAAUACCGCCUUUGCCAAAUAUGCUGACUUCUCCCUUUCCCCAAAUGCAAUCAGUGCAGAAGAGGAUGGCUACACGCUCCAUGUAUCUGGGUUUACUGAUGGAGGGGCAGGUGAUUCAUUGUCCUAUCACAGUGGCCAGAAGUUCUCCACAUUUGACCGUGACCAAGAUCUCUAUGUGCAGAACUGUGCAGCUCUGUCAUCAGGUGCCUGGUGGUUCAAGAGCUGCCAUUUUUCCAACCUCAAUGGCUUCUACCUUGGUGGACGACAUCUGUCUUAUGCCAACGGCAUUAACUGGUACCAGUGGAAAGGCUUCUACUAUUCCCUCAAGAGAAGUGAGAUGAAAAUACGUCGUGUUUGAGAUCCAAGGCAGCUAGUGGCUUUUCCCAUGCUUCUACUCUAGAGGCCACUUGGAUCUUCAUGUAGACUGAAUUCCCAAUUAUUAAUGUAUUUCAUUACUCUGUUUUCCUACCUUUAGCAUGCAGCCUGCACCAAAUUAUUCCUCAGAGAACACAACUCUCAAUAAAGAUACCCAUUUCUCAGGCCUUGCUUUUCUGAGAUCCAAUACAACUAGAUAAUUGCCAUUGCCCUAUCCUACUAAUCACCAACAUCCCUGCUCUUCCAGGAAACCUGAUGUUGGUUUGUUUCACCAACAACAAUAUCACUGGCCAUGGGUCUUGCCUGCCAUUUCAAUGUCCCAAAUCAAAAAUUGCAUUGGGAACAUACCAUAAAUAAACCCCAUCUCUUCUAGAUGAUUGCUCCUCUUCAGCAGCCCAGCAGGAAAGAAAAAAAUGGAGGAGGCUAUAGAGAUUAUAGUAGUGUUCCAGGCUAAUCUCCCUGCCUCAAUUAAUAAAAAUGAGGUAACGUGUAUUGGCAGAACUGGAAGAAUGGCUCAUCUAAGCCAUGUUCCUGCUUUAUCCAUUUCCCAGUCCUUGAUACAAAUCCAACAAAGGAUUUGUAAUAUUUCAAACUACAGGUAACAGACGAUUUAAAACGAAAUGGAGAAAACAUUUAAGAAUGAUCAGAGAAGACACAUCCAAUUGGAAGUUUCUGGCAGAUGGGACCAAGUAUUGUAAGGUUCAGAGAAAAGGUUCCCAAAAGUGAUAGCAAUUAUCCUGCUUUAAAAAAAAUAAAUAAAAUGAAAGUCUCUUUUCCAAAUAUGGGCAAUUGAGAGACCAGUAAAACUGUUAACAAUAUAAAGGCUUUUAAGGCCAUCCUUUCUGGGCCAAAUCCCACCCCUAUACAUCUACCCAAUCAUUAAACUGUUUCUACAGCAUCUGUCUGGACAGUGACAUGGUCCAAGUUCUAAAGUAAAAAUCUGAAGAUGAAAAUCCUCCUUCUAGCCUGCUCUGGUAUCUUGCCAAAAGACUUGUUUUGACUACAGCCUGCUCAACAUCUGGAUUCUGUUCUCAGUAAUUAAGUUUAUAGGACACCUGAGGCUGCAGUACUGAAAUGGGCAGAGAUCCCAGAAAACCUGAUGUUCUUUUGCAUGUUCCAAAGAAAUCAGUUUGGAUCUUGCAAAAGCAUGUUGUGGGAGAGAGUGAUAAAUUGGUGGUUAGACCUACAACAGUGAAAGUUUGGAUCUGUAGUCUGUGAAAAGGAGAUGUAGAAAAUCCAAGCCAAAAAGUUAAAUUAAUUAAUUUCUGGAAACAUUAUACAAGUCAUUAGCAAUCAUGCAAAUUAAGAUAGUGAAUGUAUUGGAGAAAACAGAUGCAUUUGAAAACUUAGAAAGAGAUGUCUUCUUUUUUUGAGGGGGGACACAAUGAAAUAGUUCGCUGAGAGUAUAAAGGAAAAAAGACUUGUAGAAUCCUUAGUACUUUCUGAGCUUGAUUAUUUGCUUGCAGAUGUUUCAUUACCCAACUAGAUAACAUUAUUUAGCAAUAGCACAUUGAAAAAUCUGUAGCAAACAACCAAGCUCAGAGAGCACAAAGAAGUCCACAAUUCCAUCCUGAGCUACAUAUAAUCUAUGUGAAGGUGAACUUCCUUGAGGACGAGAUAAGAGGUUUUGAUUUCUUAAGUCAGUAUAAAUUUCUUAGCACACCAUGGUGCAAGCAGAGUUGGGAACUGCAUAAUUUACCCCAUAUUCUCUAACUGAAAAACUGAAUCUUUAGGUAACUGGCAAAAAUCAGUAGUGCCAUUUGAACUUCAUUGACUAUUUGAAAAAAGAUGAAAAGAGGUACAUACAGAGAGAGAGAGAGAGAGCUAGGAGAACCAAAUCCCACACUUUUAGAAUUUUUCCAAUUUCUUGAUUUCAUAUUUCAUUUCUUUUGCACAAAGAAUAAAGGAGCUUCUUACGGUGUAAUUUAAGAUAUGACAGCUACGCCCACUACGUACUGCUUUAGUUUUGUACCCAAAGCAAUCCCAGAGUGGAAAUACAAUGGAUGUGAGCAAGUAGUUCCAUGUCAAUCUUGAUUCUAGUACCCAGCCAAGGAUGGCAUUGCCCACUUCCCUCCAUUGGGCUUAUUACAUUAGGAUAGGUGUUAGGACAAAGACACAUGUAAUGAAAAAGAAUGGGCAAUUCAUUAAGGGUGUAUCCAAGAAAGGAAGGUGAGACACAGUGAAAGCAUUAUGUCUUUCUUUACCACUAGAGAGCAUGCUGCCCUAGUUUUUAUCAUUACCAGCAAAUCAAAAUAUUGAUGCUGGCAAGUAUGUCAUUUUGUUGUUAUUCCUUAAUGGUGCUAUAAUACAGGAUUGACUUUUUUCAUAGUUUUUAGGAUAGAGAAAUUCAUGUGUAACCUAUCCGUUGAUAUCUGUGACCAAAAACAGAGAGCUAAAGCAGAAGAAGUUAUAGACUUCAGAUUUUUCCAACCCUUAAGAUGUAUCUGAGAAAAAGACUCCCCCCCUCAACCUUGCAAUAUUUUUAACCUCAUUCUCAGCCUUCUGAGCCUGAGAGUUUCCUAAUGUUCUUCCUCACAGUAGCCUCCCAUUCUUUCUCAAACACUGCAAAGGUGCUUGCACCUCCCAUAUUCCCAGUGGUAAAUUACCACUGCUUAGCAAAAUGGCUUUAAAGCAAACUGUUUGGUAAUGAUGGAUGUGCUUUUUCAGAAAACCUUCAGCCUCAUCUUGCAGUUGGGAUUCCAAUAAUGAGGUGAAACUUGUCAAAAAUUGGCUCACCACCUUGAAGUGACUCAUUGCAUUCUUGGACUAGCUUCGGCUGCUUCUUCAGAAGGAGCUGAGUCAUAGGGAUGGAUGUUUCUCUUGGGUUCACAAACAGAAGAUCCUUGGUGGAAGAGGAAAGAAGUGGAAGCAGUAUAGAAGUGGCUUAGGAAGGGAGAAAUGGAAGUGUUAAUCAAGUUACAAGUCAACAAUUUAAGCCCUUCCCCUUCCUCCUCCUUUUGUCCUUCUUGUAUGAUCAGGUUCUUCCAAACCCCCAUUUCAAGUUCACAAUUACCAUCUGAGAUCGGUUGAUGUUAAAAAAAAAAUCCAUAUUCAGUUUGGUGAGCUAAAUUUUGGAGCUAACUGAAAAUGCUAAUCUAUCUGGAUUAUCUAUCUUCCCACUUUGGUGGGAAAAAUUUAACUCUGAUCAUGUGUGUGAAGAGGGAAGCCAGCACUGGACAUGGUUGGAUAUGAGGGAUCACCAAACAAGAUGAGGCAAGACCGAAUGAGGAGCCCAGAAAAGAAAGCAACCCAAGUGCCACUAGUUAAUUGGUAUAAAGCUAAUUUGCACUCAGCAGUGCACCAAGGACAGUGUGUACGUACUGAACAGAAUGAAAUAGUAUUCUCCAUGUCAGGAUUGCCUUGCCUAUGUAGCAUAUAUAGAUUUCUCUGACAUUUUGUUUACACAAAAUAAAUAAACGAAUAGUUGAUAAAAUGUAGGUUAUAUCCCAUGCAGACAUUCAUUUGCACAUGUGAACAUUGAAAGAAGGAUGAGGACAUCUAGCUCAUUCUCCUAAUUCCGUGAUGGUGAACCUGUGGUAUGUGUGCGAGAGGUGGCCCACAGAGCCCUUUCUGUGUGCAGGUGCAUCAUUGCCCCACAUGUCAGAUCACCAUGUCGUUUCCUUCAUGAGCUUCUGUUUCCCUGCAAAUGACAAAACAGAAGCUCACAAAAGAAAAAAAAAUCUUACCUCUUGCUGCC